AUGAACAAUCCAAUUGAAAGCGGUCUUUUUACAUGUAAACCCGCGAUGGACCCUCCAUCUAGACCACUAGACCACACAACACCCCUUCAUCUAGUGGUAUAUUUCCACAGACAUGACUUGUUGCGAUAUACCCUUUCUAUCAUGACCAUCGACACCCCAGACCUCAAUGGGAAAACUGCUUUGAUGAUAGCGGUUGAGCAAGGCGAUAUGUUGAUGGUUGAGCAAUUAAUAAAAUUUGGGGCAGACCCUUGCAUCAAAGAUGGGAAAGGAGUGUGUCCUAUAACCGCAGCGAUGCGCCAUGGGUAUGUCGACAUUGCACUUCUUUUAUUGCCGUUUUGCACGGACGUGUAUCAACUUACGGACGUUCGUGGAUACACUGUCUUGCAUUACUCGUGUUAUGCCAAUUCUGUCGAACUCUGCGACAAAAUAGCUGAGAAAGUGGACUUGUCUGAUAUGAUCAAUGACAAUUGUAAUAAUGGGGUGUGCUCUCCCUUGCAUAUAGCAGCAUAUGCUGGAAGUGUGUUAUGUUGCAAUUGGUUAAUUCGAUACGGUGCACGUGUUGAUAUAGAGAAUGAAAUGGGAGAGACACCUCUAAUACUAGCACUCAAAAGAAAUCACAUCUCAUGUGCAGAGGUCUUAGUGUUAUAUUGUAACACACACAUCCCUGAUAAUUAUGGGCAACUCCCUUUACACCACGCAGCAGCACACUGCCCGUUCAAUUUUGUAUCUAAAAUAAUUGACUCAAACCCCGGCGCUUUUAUGUGUGCGGACACUCACGGAAAUUUCCCAGUUCAUUGUGCAAUGCUCAAUAGUGAUGAACGGAUAUACGACAUGUUUAUAACAAACACAAAAAUUCUCUGCAAAGGAAACAGUUAUGGAAUGACCAUUUUACACGUUGCUGCAAGUGUUGGAAAUACAAAAGCAGUCAAAUAUUUAUUGAAGAAAUAUACAGUACCUCCACCUCGGAGUGUAAGAGGAAGUACUCCUUUUUUAAAUUCCUGUGGUAAUAAUAAAGUAGAAUGUAUGAAUAUAUUAUUUGAAAACGAUCCAAGUGUAGCAAGUGAUACUGAUUUUGAAGGAUGCACGGCACUGCACUAUGCUGCACAAAAUGGGUGUUUAGAGGCUGUUGAGUGGAUAGUAGAUCGAAUGCCAAAGAUGGUGUUGAGUAUGACUAACAGAAAAGAGACGCCCUUACACUUCGCUGCAUUAGGGGGACAUGGUGAUGUCGUUCUUUUUUUGAUUGAAAAAGGCUCUGAAAUUUCGGCAAUGAAUAUAGAACUGCGAAGUCCCUUUUAUUACAGUGUUUUGGGCGGGCAUUGUGAAGUGUGUGAUUUACUUCCAAUCCAGAAAAGUAGUGACAAAUAUGGACUGACAGUGAUGCAUGCGGCGUGUGCACUUGGUCAUCCUCAUAUCGUCAGAAUGUUAUGUGAAAAGGUUCCAGACUUAAUAGAAAAGAGUGAUUUAUGUAAGAGAAGUGGGUUACAUAUAGCCAUUAUAUAUAAUGAUGGGAUCAGUGUCCAAACAUUACUUCACUACGGAGCAUCCAGAAAUGUUAUUGACAUCCGAGGACUCGAUCCAAUCAAUUCUGGAUUACACCGUGGCUUUAUCUUUUGUUAUGAGCGUGUUGUUGGCGUUCAAAUAUAUCGAAGUACAAUCAUCGGCCGACUUACAGCAACAACAAAAAGUGAAGGAGGAGACGGGAUGUUAAGUUUUGAAGAAGGGGAUGUUAUUGAUGUUCUUUGGGAGCAUCCAUCUGGGUGGGGGUAUGGUGUCUGUGGACGUAAUUGUGGAGUGAUUAAAAUGACAACUGGGAAUGUCGGGCCAUUGACACAAGAAGAAAAACGGGCAUUGGAUGAAUUGUUAAGUAUGAGACGGUUUGGGAAGAAGCCAAAGAAGGGGCGUUCAUUCUCUGUACCAGAUGAGACUGAUUGA